GGUGUGUUGUAUGUCAGUGACAUAACUCCAUAACGCUAACAACCAGUAGAUGCUACUCUGCCGUUAACGUUAACUUAUAACUUGUAACAGUAUUGCCUGAACCGUGUAUGAUACCCAGUGCGUUGUAUAACGCUAGUUUGUAGCAUAGCCCACAUGCUCGCUUGUUGAAAUCGAAAAAGAACAUGCCGCGAGUUGAGGCUAACUUGCAGGUCCAAGCUGUCAGUCAGUAGCCUCUUUGGGGUUUGGGAGUUUCUAAUGUGCCUUGUCCUUGCCACGUUGUCGUUACUUUAAAAUAAACGUUGCACCUGACAAUUCUUUCUCGCAGUCUCGAAAAUGUUGGCAUGUCAACGUUGGCUCCGACCUCCAGUCGUGAACUUUUUGAAGUUCAACAGCAAUCUAAGGGUUGAUGUGGGAAAAGUAAUAAGUCGUUCAGUUGCAAAGAGCUAUCAUGGCGCUUCGAUGCGCGCGUGGGUGAUCAAUCAGUACGGUACAACAAAUGAUGUGCUGACCUUGUCUGAAAACUACCCAGCGCCAGGUGUUAACUUUGCACACGACGUCGUCCUUCAAGUUCAUGCUGUUGGCUUGAAUCCACUGGACAUUGCAAUGCGCGGCGGGUAUGGCGCAGGGGUGUUGCGCCUGAGGAGGGACCCGCGGACGCUGCUGCAGGACGGGGUUGAGUUCCCUCUGGUGCUCGGCAGGGAUGUGUCGGGUGUGGUCCUUCAGUGCGGCUCUGGGGUGAAGCAUGUGCAAGAAGGAGAUGAGGUAUGGGCAUCAGUUCCUCCAUGGCAACAAGGAAGUCUGGCAGAUUAUAUUCUUCUGAAUGGAAGUGAUGUGUCUCUGAAACCAAAGUCAUUGAGUCACGUUGAGGCAGCAUCUAUCCCCUAUGUGGCUGGCACAGCCUGGUCAGCUCUGGUCAACACCGGGGGAUUACACAGUGAGAACUGCUCCAAAAAGAGGAUAUUAGUCCAUGGGGCAUCAGGAGGAGUAGGCACUUUGGCCAUACAGCUUCUGAAGGCCUGGGGUGGUCAUGUUACAGCUACCUGCUUCCAGGAAGGUGUUGGCCUGGUCAAGGAGCUCGGAGCCGAUGAUGUCAUCGACUGCACAGCUGGGGACGCGGCCUCCCAACUCGGCACGCUGCAAAAGUUUGAUCUGAUCCUGGACAACGUGGGCGGUGAGACCGAGAGCUGGGCCAUGGACCUGUUGAAGCCCUGGGCGGGGUCAAAGUUCGUCACCUUGGUGUCACCUCUGCUUCGCAACACCGACGCCUUGGGCCUGGUGGACGGGGUCAUGAGGUCAGGCUUGACCCUACACGACAAAGCCAUCCGGAGUGUUACGAAAGGAGUGUUUUACCGCUGGGCAUUUUAUGUACCCGAUGGGGUAGCACUGGAUCGAAUUGGUGAAUUGGUAUCCUCUGGAAAGAUUCGGCCCGUGGUGGAGGCCACCUUCCCCUUCUCCCAGGUCCCCGAGGCCUUCCUCAAGGUGGAGACGGGCCAGGCCCGGGGCAAGACAGUCAUCAGCGUAGCAGCCACGGAAGAAGAAGAAGCUGAAUCAUCCUCCACCUCCCCGCCCUCCUCCUCCUCCCCCCAUAUCCAUGGUGACGGCCCCUCCCCGGUGACGGCCACACAGUCGGACGUCCAUCCCCCUGCUGCUGCUGCUGCUGCUGCUGUCGUGACGUCACUCCUGGCUGAAGAGCAGGGUCACCUUCACAGCCACACACCUGCUGUUGCCACCGCCAGCGGGCCCCAUGUGGCAGACGACACCUCGGUAGCAGAAGCUUCAGUGGCAGCAGCACCAGAACGCAGCACCCAGGAGGUAAUGCUAGACCAGGUGGCAGAGGCCGGAGACAGCUUAGAGGCUCUGGAGAAAGACAAGCUAGAGGCAGCCAUGGGGGACAAAACAGAGGCCGCCAAGGGAGACCAGGCAGAGGCCGCGACAACAACCUCGGACAGUUCGUCUGAUUCGUCAUCUGAAAGCUCCUCUGACUCUGACUCUGACGAAGAAGGGUCAAGUGCAGAGGCAGCGCCGGGCUCUACCACCACCACCACCACACCCACAGCAGACACAGAGAUCCCAGCGGUCCCCAGCCCAGAGGGCACGAUGACGGGUGACGGCUCGAUAACGACAGCAGACACCAGCGCUGAUAAUCGGGUCGAUACAUCCGGGUCGUCUCAGGCCACAGCAGCCACCGAGAGCACGGCAGGAAGCACCGAUAGCAAUGACGUCACUGCCAGUGGGUCGAAACAGGCCACGGAUGACACCAAUACUACUACUACUACUACUGGAACUCCGACCCGGGAAUAAUAUGCUCUUUACCAGUGUAGCUGGGUCAGCCCACAUACAUUUCUCGUGGUGGCAAACAAUUGGGUGCAUGUGCAGACAGGAAUUCCAAAAGGCUACACGGCUAGGUGCUUAACAUUAGAAGUCCCAUUAGAGCCCAGCUCAGUGCAUGACAAGAAAUUGUUGCAGGGGCGGAGCAGGGGGGCAGGGCAUAGGGGCCAGGGACCCCGGGCCUCACCACUUGGUCGAUCGCCAAACAUCUCGCAGGGGCCCCUUUUACGAUAUUUCGUGGGCCCAACGCCCACGUGCACAUUUCCAUGCUGAACAGCAAACUCAGUAUUUAUCAACUGAGUUCAGAUGCAAAACCCCCUAAGUGCCUUUUCAGAAAAUAAUCUUAAUUCAUUUUUAUUUAAUACAAAGCUAUAAAAAUUGCAUAUUUUUUAUUUUAUUUAUGUAAUAUAACUAUUUAUAUGUAUUAUCAAGUACAUGAAUGUAAACCAAACCAACAAUGGGGUUCUCUAAAAAUAUAGAAGUGCAGGUCUUCAGAAAUGGAGUUAGGGGGUUUUGCAUCAGAACUCUUCUAUUAUAUUUAAUGACCAGACGUUAUUUAUAGCCCAUUACUAUGGCAGACUCCAGCACGCCAUAUGUCAGACGGAGGCCUCUGACACAUCUCCCGCCCCCCCAUCACAAUGCCAGUGCUCCGCCCCUGACCUGUUGUCUUGUCGGCUGGUAAUAUUGUCCACUUUCUCAGACGGUUUACUGUCAAUGACACCAUUCAGGAGAAGAUAUUGUCAAGUCGCUCGGAAUUCUUUAGUAUGCUCAUGUGUGAUUGCCAUGACAUAACUGAUAUAACUCAAUUUACAUAUAAAAUGAUUCUGAUGUACACCCGUUAAGAUAGCUAUCCCAGAAUGGAGUCAGGUAAGUACAGAAACCACAGAAACCGCUGCAAUAUCCAGCUGACGAGAAAACUGGCUCUAACCACCCACUACAACUGCUCCAACGGGACUUAAACACCUAGCCACGCAGCAUUUUGGGAUUCUUGUGCGCAGCGGCCUCUUUGAUAACAUCAAAAACCUAUGUGUAGACAUGACAGAUAACAUAUGUAUGUGCUACUGGGACUAAGUAAACUCUGGUGACGGUGACAGAGGGUA